AUGCUUGCUUUUGCACAGGAUGAUGAGACCCGUCAGCCCCACGUUCCCAUCUCGCAAGACUUUAGAGAAGUCUUCUCGGAGACAACUGGUAAUGCUGGAGCUGUUGCAAAGCCUCAAACCUCGUCAGUAGCGCCAGAGUCAAUCCCUGCCGAGCUGAUGAAACAUCCGUGGUCACCUGAAGUUCAAAGGAUGCUCAAAGACCGGUUCAGAAUGACAGGAUUCCGCCAUAAUCAGCUUGAGGCUAUUAAUGCAACAUUCGGAGGUAAAGAUGCCUUCGUCCUUAUGCCAACGGGUGGCCGCAAGUCUUUAUGCUACCAAUUACCUGCCGUUAUCAAAACUGGCAAGACUCAGGGUAUCACCAUUGUGGUGUCGCCCUUGCUCAGUUUGAUGCAAGAUCAAGUUGACCACAUGAAAGCUCUAGGCAUUCAGGCUGUCGCUUUCAAUGGCGAGUACUCUGCUGAAUAUAAGAGACAGGUUAUGACUGCUUUCGAGAAGAGAAGCCCAGAGGACUACAUUGAGCUCCUGUAUGUUACCCCCGAAAUGAUGAGCAAGAACACUACCUUCAACAAGGGGAUGCGAACCCUGCAUCACAAAGGUAAACUUGCACGCAUCAUCAUUGAUGAGGCUCACUGCGCCAGUCAAUGGGGCCAUGAUUUCCGGUCAGACUACAAAACCUUGGGCGAAGUCCGCCAGAGAUAUCCUGGAGUGCCGGUCAUGGCUCUCACAGCCACCGCGACACAGACCGUCAUCGUCGACAUCAGGCACAAUCUCGGAAUGGACAACUGUCAAACGUUCACACAAAGCUUCAAUCGUCCAAAUCUACACUACGAGGUUCGCGGAAAGACAACGAAUGCCAAAUGUAUGGACGAGAUCGCGUCGCUGAUCAAGUCCAAAUAUGCGAAUCAGAGUGGGAUUGUCUACACCGUCUCACGAAAGAACGCAGAAAAAGUUGCAGAGAGUCUUUCGAUCCAAGGAAUCACCGCCAGGCACUACCACGCAGGCCUCGAUCCCCAGGAGAAGGUUGAGGUACAAACUUCCUGGCAGCAGGGCCAAGUCAAGAUUGUCGUUGCAACAAUUGCGUUCGGUAUGGGCAUCGACAAGCCAGACGUGAGGUUUGUCAUACACCACGGACUUCCAACAACCUUGGAAGGAUACUAUCAGGAGACGGGUCGCGCAGGCAGAGACGGAGACCCCUUCGAUGGCAUUCUUUUCUAUGGCAAGCAGGAUAUAAGGAUCCUGAAGAAGUUGAUCGCUGAUGGUGAGUGCAACAAUGAGCAAAAGGAGCGCCAGAUGUCUAUGCUCAACCGUGUCACGGCAUUUUGUGACAACAAGUCUGAUUGCCGACGGGUUGAAAUUCUUCGCUAUGUUGGCGAGGAUUUUACUGCAGCGCAGUGCUGCAAGACUUGCGACAAUUGCAAAGCUGGUUUGAUCUUUGAGCAGCGAGAGUUUUCUGAGUAUGCCAUAGCGGCCAUCCGGGUUGUUCAGGCGCAGAGGCGAAUUACAGCGGUGCAAUGCGCCGACAUCCUCAUGGGGAGGAAGUAUCCCCCUGAGGCACGUCACUCAGAUGACUGGUAUGGAAUGGCAAAGAGCCUUAAGAAGCAUGAGCUGGCUCGAGUACUAGACAAGCUGUUAGCUGAGAAGGCAUUUCAUGAGAACAACCAAGUCGGGCAUCAUGGCAUGGCAAUCCAGUAUUUGAAACUCGGAUCGGCAUACCGUCUAUUUCUCUCAGGGCAACGGAAGCUCAUGUUAUCGGUUCAAAUACCGGAAGAGGGCGCGAAUAACAAGCCUUCCAAGCCCCGGUCGAAGCAAGCCAACGUGUCUUUACCUGUUGGACGACGGAGAAAGAAAUAUCGUACUCUGGAAAGCGACGAUGAGAAUGGCGCCAUCACAUUGAACGGCUAUGCGAAUGAUGGGUUCAUGGUAAAUGAUAACGAUGAUGAAGAGGCCUUUGAAGAGCUGCCUGACCACCAACCACUGAAGCCGCCCUCGCGAUCGCCUGGGCUUCCAAUAUCCAUCAGUGCCGAGUUGGAGGACUUGAACGAAAUACACCGGGAUGUUGUCGACGAUUUCGUCCAGGAAGCAAAGGUAACAGAGGAGAAAAUCCGAAAGCGGAAAGGGCUCAGAUCACCACUGUUCACCGAGAAGGAGCUCCAGGUCAUGGCCAUACGGUGGACAACUUCUCUUAACAAGAUGUCUAACAUUCCAGGCAUCCAACUUGACAAAGUUAUGAUUCAUGGACCGGAGAUCCUACGUAUCUUGCGGAGAUACUGCAGCGGUUACCGUGAGGUCAUGGAUCCCAAGUGCUCUGGAAGUAACGACCGGGAGAUUGUGGAUCUGCUAAGUUCAGAUGCCGAGAUGGGUGAGGAUGCCUACGAAGACGAGGAUGGGGAGGAUUCUCCUUACUUCAACACCAACAGACACGCCCAUAAUCCGGCCUAG